GUUAAAGGUCAAAGGUGGAACUUGUUGUGGGAGCUUUUUAGAAUGGUUUCGCCCGUGCGAGGGAUGGUAGGAGUACACGGUGCUGACUUUUACAAAGUGUUUGUCAUCAAGCUUUUCCGUCUUAUCAACAAUAUGUCAAAUCAGCAUGAAAGCACGGGUGAAACCAUUUUUAAAAAACGCCCACAAGAAGUUCCGCUUUCAAAUAUCACAUGACUAUGGCUGGAUAGUCACUUGACACAAUGGCUGGAAGGAUGCAAGACGUCUGUAAAAUUCUGUUCAUUUUCUUUGCUUUUAUGACCGUUGUUUACGGCGACACUCCUGCUAACUGUACAUAUGAAGACAUCAAGGGCAAAUGGACAUUCUACAUCGGCCAAGGCAACUUUGAUAAUACUAUCAAUUGCCAAAAUUUUUCAGGACCAUUUAAAAGUGAUCUGCAAGUACAGCUGUUAUAUCCAGAUAUUGCUGUAGACCAGUUUGGAAAUACAGGAUUUUGGACCAUUAUUUACAACCAGGGAUUCGAGGUCGUUGUUGCAGGUCGAAAGUACUUUGCAUUCUCAAAUUAUACGAGUGAUGGCCAAAGUGUUACCUCCUAUUGCAAUGAGUUGUUACCUGGUUGGACACAUGAUCUGCUUGGGCAUGACUGGGCUUGCUAUGUGGGAAAGCGAGCAGCACCACUUGCUGGACAAGUACAUGAGUCUGGAAAGAAAACUAUAUCAUCAGCAUCAUCAGUUCUUAGAUUUCAGAAACGAAAAUUUUACAAUGAUAUGAACCUUGUAGCAAAAAUAAAUGCAGCUCAAUCAUCAUGGACAGCAGUAGCAUACCCACAUCUCGAAGGGCGUGAUAUGCAAGAAUUACUCAUGAUGGCAGGUGGUCCACGCUCAAAAGUGGUUAGCCGUCCUUCACCUGCUCCAGUGACCAAAAAAGUGCUUGAGGCUGUAUCAUUGAUGCCAGAGGCCUUUGACUGGCGUGAUGUCGGUGGCAUAAACUACGUUUCUCCAGUAAGAGAUCAAGGUUCUUGUGGAAGCUGUUAUGCCUUUGCUUCCAUGGCAAUGAAUGAAGCACGUGUGCGGAUUAUGACAAACAAUACAGAACAACCCGUCUUCUCACCGCAGGAUGUUCUUGACUGCAGCCCUUACUCUCAAGGAUGUGAUGGAGGUUUUCCUUAUCUCAUUGGAGGAAAGUAUGCAGAGGAUUAUGGUCUUGUGCUGGAAUCUGAAAAUCCAUACCGAGGGCAAGACCAGGGUAGUUGCCGCACCCCUUCCAGUGCAAAACGCCACUAUUCCACUAAAUAUGAGUAUAUUGGUGGUUACUAUGGUGCCUGCAACGAACCACUGAUGCGUAAAAACCUGUAUGAGAAUGGACCGCUUGCAGUUGGCUUCGAAGUGCUGGAUGACUUCAUGCACUAUAAGGGAGGCAUUUACCAUCAUACUGGCCUGACCAAUGGCUUUGAACCUUUCCAGCUGACUAAUCACGCUGUUCUUGUUGUUGGCUAUGGCACAGAUGUGGAAACUGGUGAGGACUAUUGGAUUGUCAAGAACAGCUGGGGCACCGAAUGGGGUGAAAAUGGUUUCUUCCGGAUCCGUCGUGGAAAUGAUGAAUGUGCCUUUGAGAGCAUGGCACUUCAAUCUACACCUAUCAUCUCUCUCUGAACUCAAAACUGACUUUUGAUAUUUUGUUUCUCUCUCUCUUUUUUUUUUUUUUUUUUUUUUUUUGAACUUUAAAGAUGAUAAACUUUUAGCUGUGUUUCAAAGUUCGACAUUCAUUUUCCAUAUAUGAAUAUUUAUUUGGCUGUCAAAUACUUGUGCCUGAAUAACAACCGAAGAGCGAGACAUAAUUCACACUAAUUUAGAAAAAGUAUUUCCUCAUUUAUUAUAGAAAAUAAACACUAAAGAGAGAAAGUGAAUAGCUUUAAAAAGUGCAUUAACAGUGUAAGCAAAAAUUGGUCGUAAAUCGCAAAGUGAAAAAAAAUAUCAAUAUGCAAUAUUAAAAUUAUAAAAUGUAAAUGUUUAUAUUGCUAUCUCAAAGAUGGCAUCGAAAAUACUUCUGCUUGGUUCAAAGGGCUUACUCCUUGAAUGGAGCAAAAGAAAGAGUAAAAAUGUAGAAAAAUUUCCUCAGUCAUGGCAGGGGUAUCUUCAGCUGUUCUUAGUGUUGUUCUGAAGAAUGCAAUAAGCAUUUUAGAGCUGGUAUACUACACACUCAGGAGUAAAUGCUGUGUAUGUUGUGCACUCUAGUUGGAUUUUUAUAGUCUUUUGAAAAGAUAAAAACAUUCCUUUAUAUACAUUUAUCACUGAUGUUGCAUUUAAAAAAUGCACUUUUGAAGUCUUCAAGUUUUCCCUAUCCAUUAACUGAUGUUCAUUUUUCAUGGAUCUGAUACUUUUUAUGCAAGAUUUAUAGUGUUUAAAAAUGAUUUUGUGUACACAAAAUGUGCAGCUAUGUUGUGCAGCUAUCUCCAACUUCUGCAGGUAGAAAAUCAGAAAAGAAGUUGAAUAGCAAUCAGUUUUUAAGGCAUGUAAACAACUAACUAUAGAUCAAAACUGUUAACAACAGUGAUAAGUACCUAUUGCCAUUCGGAGAAACCUCGCGAGCUCUUCUUUUUCUCACCUCUCGUGCUGUGAGAUGACAGUUGUUCAUACAUAUUUUUGGUGUGGUAGGUAAUCCCUAUUGGGUAUUAUCCCUUUAUCUAGUAUACACCAGAAGAUUCCCACCGGUAAAAGGCACCUUUUUCUCAAAAUGUGCAGUGUGUAAUGAGUCAUACAGUCAAGAAUAUUCUGUUCUAUGUACAUUUUUAUAUCAUAGCAAUAAAGAUGCUAAUAGGUAUUCAUCCAAAGCUCAAAUUAAAAUAGGCUUAAAUGAGUAA